UCAGCAUUCCAAAAAAACCCAAAACUUAAAUGGCGCUGUUGAUUAAAUUAGUUAAUUAAAUGACUUUAUGUUUUCUGAGUCAGUUUCUGGAUAUUAACUACACAUAAUAGAUUACUGCCUAAUCACACACACACAUAAAAAAAAAAAAAUCUCCAUUUAGUAAAUCUGGUCGUUGCUUUCCACCUUUACAUUUGUUAGAUCCAAAUUUUACUUAUUAGAAAACUGGAGCGUCACUGAAAUAAUUUUAUCAUGUAACAAGUGGAUGAAAUAAGCCAACUGUGAUCACUUUGUUUUUUUUUGUUUUUUUACAGUGUGGGAUUCAGUUUAAGAGGAUUACAGCAAAUUAAUGUUACAGGAUCAAUUCAACAAGCUUGCAAUGUUGCUGGGAAAAACUUUCCAGUGAUUUGUUGAUCUUUCUCCUGUGUUGUGUUUAGAUUAGUCAGAAUCUAAACAGUGAUGUCAGCGUGGAAAAUGAGCUGGAGUGGGUGGGGAAAGCAGCUUUACAACAAGGAAAGUGUGGGUUUAUCCUGCUGUCAGCCUGAUUUCCUCUGAUAUCUGUACAAGUAAACACUAGUAAAGAGUCUGCUGAGGUAUAAAGAUGUAUUAAGACACGCGGUUAUCCUUCCAAACAGCCGUUUAACAUCAUUACGAAGCAUUUUUGAUGCAGUAAAGUACAAAAGAAGAGCCUAAAUCUCAUCUCCCUGCAUCUCUGGGGUCCGUUAGAUGAAGCACAAGUUCCAGCUGUGAUCUCAUCAUUCUGUAAUGAGACAGCCAACAGGAGGAGCCUGCUCACUUAUGCACUGAAAGCAGAUUCAAUGUUCACUGGGAAAAUCAUUGCCAGAUUGUCUGCGUAUGUAAGCGUGCGCGGUGGGCGGCCUGGGGCCAGCUGACAGGAAGAGAAGAACAUUUACAGCUGGGCAUCUACUGCUGCACGGCCACCAUGUCUCAACCUGCACAGGAAGACGAACAGACGCAGCGCCCCGUAGUGAGAGAAGAGGACCUGACCGAAGCAAAGACCAAACUUGGUGGUGGCUUGGCGGUGAAGAGCAAGACCUUUGAAGUGAUGGAGGAGUGCGAGAAAGUGGGUAAAGCUGCUCCCUCCGUGUUCAGCGGAGCGAGAUCUGGAGGAGAGACGGCUUUCAACACUCGCUCCGCUCGGCAGGCCAGGAAGUAAAAGGAAAACUUCCUCCGCAUGGAUGAACGCCGCCUCUUCCAUGUUACUGAUGUAAUUUAACCUGUUUUUUUUUUUGUUGCUUCAUAUCAUGCAACUACAACCAGCUGAGAGAUGUUUAAUAAACCUUAGUCGGCUAGAAGCAAUAAAUUGUUUGAUAUAAUGUU